UGUGUCCCUCCGCCCCGGGGAAGACCCUCCGAGGCCCUCAGCGGCAAGUCGCCGCGCUACGCGCUCUCGCGAGAGGCGGCCACGCAGUACCCUUCCCCCAGCCCCUCGCCCGCUAGGAAGCCGCGCGCGGACCCCACGGCGCGCGGGUCGCGGACGGCGCAUGCGUGGCCGCGGCUCCCAGCGCCCUUCGCGCAGUCCGCGGGGCUGAGCGGACGGGGCAGAGCGGACGAGGCAGAGCGGUGGGCGCCGGCCGGCAGCCGCCCCCUGCGAGGCCCCGCUUCGGCUCGCGGCUUUUUCUUUUUUUUUUUUCUUUCUUUCUUUCUUUCGCUCCUCUCCGGAGCGGAACCGCGUUGCGGCCUUUGAUCGGCGUGAGGAGGUUUUCCCGGGACUGUCGGGGUGAUGGAACAUUGCCGGGCUCCACGAGACAGCCGCAGCGGCCCGGGCGCGCCUCAGUGACCAGAGGCCGGAACCCGAGGCCGGGCGGGGCCCGCACAUCCGGCCCCACCCACCGGGAGUCCCCGACUCCGGGGUGUCUGACACACCCCUCUCGUGGCAGGCCGCCUGCACCCCAUCUCCCCUCAGUCCGCUAGGUUUCCUCCUCCCCGUUUCCGACAUUGCACUAAAAGGGAUGCACCCUGGAAAACCAAGUGGCAGGGACACAUUUUGUUUGGGGAAGAGACUAGGGUUUUUUUUGGACCUUAGUGUCCCCGGUCACCUUUUCAGGGGCCUAGGAUAGAUUUGGUUAAGGCACCUGGGCGGGCGGGGAGAGGGGGUACCCUGUUCUUGCCAACCCGGCCGUUUUUACCUCCUCACCUUCCCACACUUUGAAGAACGAGCAGAGAGCACAUCCAGGACCCCGCUUUAAGCUAGACGUGAGCAUGGCCGCAGCCCUGAAUUCUCACAUCGACGCCUCCCUGGAGGUGGAUGGCUGUGUCAUCAUGAAGGUGGAAAAGGCCCCCGAGUGGGCAUCGGAGCCGGUUCUAGAAGAAUCGGGCAGCUCCGAGUCUGAGACCUUUCGCAAAUGCUUCAGGCAGUUCUGUUACGAGGAUGUGACCGGGCCCCAUGAAGCUUUCAGUAAACUCUGGGAACUUUGCUGCCGGUGGCUGAAGCCGGAAACGCGUUCCAAGGAGCAGAUGCUGGAGCUGCUGGUGAUCGAGCAGUUUCUCACCAUUUUACCUGAGCAGAUUCAGGCGUGGGCGCAGAGGCAGUGUCCGGAGAGCGGAGAGGAGGCGGUGGCCCUGGUGGUGCACUUGGAAAAAGAGACUGGAAGACUAAGACAACAGGUCAACAGUCCUGUACACUCAGAGAAGCAAGCCCCACUUGGAGACGCCUGGGAAGUAACAGAAUUUCAGCCAGAACGAGUGACGAACCAACACAGGGUGGUGUCUCGGGAAGACGCUGGAAACCUUCGUUCAGAGCGCCAGGAGCAGCUGAGCCAAAAGAGAGAGCAGCAGCUCUUAGCCAGGACUGCUCGGCCUUCUGCCUGGGUUGCUGUUGCUGCCGAUGAAUGGAGCAUUGUAGAUCAGGAAGUGACAGCCACACGUCUUGCUGCUGCGCCCCAGGAACCAGUGAAAGGUGUCCACGUGACAAGAGGUUUUCCCUACAAAAAGAGCCUGCAUCAGAUUCCUGCUCACAGAGACCUCUGCCGGGAUAUCAGGAGGGAGAGUGGCAGGAACGUGGUCUCCUUGGGAAGUUCAGUGUCUACCUCUAACAAGACAGCCCGGUUGGAACAAAGAAAGGAGCCGUGGACUGUAGGUCUGCCUUCCUCUAACAAGAGGAAUAUCCUGCGAAGCAACUACAUGAAGGAAAAGUCAGUUCAUACUGUUCAGAUCCCUGCAAGGAAUGCAGGAAAGACAUGGAGGGAGCAGCAGCAGUGGGGUUUAGAAGAUGAAAAAAUAGCAGGUGUGCACUGGAGCUAUGAGGAAACAAAGACUUUUCUAGCAAUCCUCAAAGAGUCUCGCUUUUAUGAAACACUUCAGGCUUGUCCCCGAAACAGUCAAGUAUAUGGUGCUGUGGCUGAGUGGUUGCGAGAAUGUGGCUUCCUCCGAACCCCAGAACAGUGUCGGACCAAGUUCAAAAGUCUUCAGAAGAGCUAUCGAAAAGUGAGAAAUGGCCACAUGCUGGAGCCCUGUGCCUUCUUUGAGGACAUGGAUGCUUUACUGAACCCUGCAGCCCAUGCUUCAUCCACUGAUAAACCAAAGGAGAUUAUCUCUCUCCCCAGACUAAAGAGAAUCAGUAUUGGUGCUAAGGAACACAUCAGUGUAGUGGAGCAGGAGGAAGCUGCCGAAGAAUCUGAGGGUGAUGAAAUGGGCGUUGAAUUUAUCCGCAAGUCUGAGAUUCGUGGUGCCCCUGUCUUGUUUCAAAACCUGAGUGGUGUGCACUGGGGCUAUGAAGAAACCAAGACUUUUCUUGACAUCCUCCGUGAGACUCGGUUUUAUGAAGCGCUGCAAGCCUGUCAUCGGAAGAGCAAGUUGUAUGGGGCUGUGGCCGAACAGCUGCGAGAGUGUGGCUUCCUUCGAACCCCAGAGCAGUGCCGGACUAAGUUCAAAAGCCUCCAGAAGAGCUACCGCAAAGUGAAAAAUGGCCAUGUGUUAGAGUCCUGUGCAUUCUACAAGGAGAUGGAUGCCUUGAUCAACUCUCGGGCCUCCGCCCCUUCCACCAGCCCCCCAGAGGAGAUCCUCUUGCCCUCAAGGCAAGAAAGAGGGGUUAUUGAGAUUGAACCCCAGGAACCUACAGGCUGGGAGCCUGAGGAGACCUCACAGGAGGCAGUAAUAGAAGAUUCUGGCAGUGAGAGAAUGAGUGAGGAGGAAAUUUUGGAAGAACCAGAAUUCCAGGGACCACCAGUUCGACUGCAAAGCCCAAAUGAUUUUGAAAUUGGAAGUAGUACCCGGGAGGAUCCAACACAGAUAAUAUAUAAGGACAUAGAACAACAUAGGGCAUUAAUAGAAAAGUCUAAAAGAGUUGUUUCACCAAAUGCUGAUCCCAGUAAGUGUCGCAAAAGAGAAUGCAUCUCAGGAAGACAAUGGGAAAACCUCCAAGGAAUUAGACAGGGAAAACCCAUGUCUCAGCCUAGAGACUUAGGGAAAGCUGUAGUGCAUCAGAGGCCUUUCAUGGGGAAGAGACCCUAUAGACUUCUCAAAUACGGAGAAAGCUUUGGAAGGAGUGCUCGUCUUAUGUGCAGGAUGACCCACCUGAAGGAAAAUCCUUACAAGUGUAGUGUCUGUGGAAAGUGCUUUGGUAGAAGCAGAAGCCUAAUCAGACACCAAAGAAUUCACACAGGAGAAAAACCUUUCAAAUGUCUCGACUGUGGGAAAAGCUUUAAUGACUCCUCAAAUUUUGGUGCCCACCAGCGGAUCCACACGGGAGAGAAACCCUACAGAUGUGGAGAGUGUGGAAAAUGCUUUAGUCAAAGCUCUAGUCUCAUUAUACAUCAGAGAACCCAUACUGGUGAGAAGCCCUAUCAGUGUGGGGAGUGUGGGAAAAGCUUUACCAACAGUUCUCACUUCAGCGCCCACCGGCGAGUCCACACUGGGGAGAAUCCCUACAAAUGUGUGGACUGUGAGAAAAGUUUCAAUAACUGUACGAGAUUUCGAGAACAUCGGAGAAUGCACACUGGAGAGAAGCCCUAUGGAUGUGCCCAAUGUGGCAAACGUUUUAGUAAGAGCUCCGUUCUUACCAAACACCGGGAGGUCCAUGUGAAAGAAAAGCUCCUGUCAUACCCUCCGUGUGUGUACUCCCCAGAGAACCCACUGAAGGGCAAGACUGAUGAAUUUAGGAAGACACUUUGAUGAUGGUUUCUUCUCUUCAUACUUGUCCCUUUAGCCAUUUUUACGCUAAUCUCACUCUUGGAAGCAAUCUUUUCUUAGCUAUAGGGUGUAAUUCCCAAGACAAAUGAGAAUGUAAAUAAACUAAAGACUUGUAUCACGUCCUCACCUCUGCCUCUGCCUCCAUCAGUCUGUUCCUCUCCUUCUGUGUCUCAGCUGCUCCUUUAAUAAAGCGGAGAAGACACAGUUGAGUUCAGAACGAAAUUUUCUCCAGCAAGUUGAAGCCACUGCUAUUGAUUGGAUUGCUAAUUUCAGCAACAUUCAAGCUCCCUCAUUGUGAGUGAAUUGUUUUCAAGGAGUCAAAACAUACUGAAAGGGUUUUAUUAUUGUUGUUGUUGUUAUUAUUAUCUAUAUGAGAUCCUGGAUGCAACUUGAAAAUGGAUUUUCACAUUUGGGUAGAAUUUUCAGGAGUCUGUUCAAAAGUACAUCAAAUCUCUUGUUUUUUGAAGAUUGUCACACAAAAAAAAAACAGUGAAGAUUUGAUAGCUUCCUUCAGAAGUCUGCUACAGCAUCCCUUUUCUCUGUCAAGAAGUUGAUCCCAGUAGGGUAGAAUCCCUGUACUGUCACUGAAAUUGUGUUACUGCCUGGCCCUUCAUCAAGAUGAGGAGCAGUUGAUCACCCAUCACCCUUUUCUGUCCCUGAAGACUUAAAUCCCCUUGGCUGCUGCUUCUCCAUGCUACAAGCAACUUGUGUUCCUCCCACUGUUUGCCGUAAGUCCUGCACUGAUCUCCUAACUGUCCUGGGUGCUCUCGUCUGACUUCAGCACUGCCAUGCCCUCUCUCAGGUCGCAUGCUCAUUGUGUGUCUCCUUAAAAUAAAAUAGAAUUUCAGGCACAUCUUCGUUCUACCCUGUAGCUCCCCUGGCUCUUAUCUAGAGCUGAUCUAAUGCCCACCCCCACACUUCAGUAGAAUAUUAGAGUAUAAUAGUGUUUCUAAAACACUAAGGGGUUAGGAAAAAAGUGUGCAAUUGAGAACUGAAAUAAUUGAAUAUUUCUGAGCCCAGUUAGAUUCCUUAGGCCUGCUAUAGACCAGAGAAUCACCUCAUUCCAGACUAGCACUUCCAGGGCUGGCUGUUAGGUAAACCAUCUCUUAUUUCUGAGGUGUCUACUCCCUGUUCACAGGAGGAUAAACCUCAGUAGAAGCCUGAGUAGUUUAUACAGCCCGACAGCCCAUUGAGUGAAAGUUGAAAUACUUAUACAAACUUGCUUACCAAAGCACCACUUUUGUUUUCCUCAUUUACCUGUUUGUCCCAAAAAAAAUCUGAGAAAUCGCUAGCAUUAGCCCCAUAAAUGCUGAAGAAGAGUCAGACGAGAGGCAGGGUGGUUAGUUCAUUUAUGAGGUUCCAGCUGAAAUCCAGGGAUUCCAUCUUCUGGCGCCACUUGGUUCAGGGUGAGACUCAUGGCACUGGCACCCUUCCUACAUGCAUGACCCAGGGCAGUUUGCUUUGGGGAAGGAAAAGGCAGGAGUUUAGUGGAGAGAUAACCAGAGUCAGAACUGUGUGUAAAUUACUAUUUUGCUGUUACCUCUUCCUUUCUUUCUCAAAUGUCCUCUCAUCUGAAGACAUCUAGAGAUAAAAUUCUUCCUUUGAGUAUGUUUGGAUACUUUGGAACUGUUCAGCAAAGUACCAAGGGCACUGUAGGAAGAAUGGGAUUUACGUUGCCAGAAGAGGGUGUGGCCUGUUGGAAGGCAGGUGACUCAGGUAAACCUUGAUGAACGUUUCUGAUUUACAUUUGUUAGCCAUGUUAAAAUUGCUCACACCCCAGUAGGUUGAUUUCCUCUGUGUUGUCUGAAUUAUAGACGUCUGAUGGUGCGUGUAGCUUCAUGGUGGUGGUGUGCCUAGCUCAGUGAGAUGUGUGUGGUGCCAGUGGGCCCGUGCUUAUAUCGUGUAGAUGUUCUGGAAUUCCAGCUCUAGAGAAGAUGCACAUAAAUAGGGAUUGUCGCUUAGUAAUAUGUACACAGGCUUGAUAAUUACGUGGAAGCAUGAUUCAGGAAAGUAGAUGACUUAUUCAUAAAUAUUUAUUAAGCACUGUUACGUAUUAGGUCAUGUUCUAGCCACAGUGAGAGAUGAAAAUUUGAACAGGAGGCAUGUUGACAGUUCUCAAGGAACUUAAAAAUAUUAUAGAGGAGGGGCUGGCGCCAUGGCAUAGUAGGUUAAUCCUCUGCCUGCAGCACUGGCAUCCUAUAUGGGUGCUGGUUCUAGUCCCAGCUCUCCUCUUCCAGUCCAGCUCUCUGCUGUGGCCUGGGAAAGCAGUAGAAGAUGGCUCAAGUCCUUGGGCCCCUGCACCCACGUAGGAGACCCGGAAGAAGCUCCUGGCUCCUGGCUCCUGGCUUUGGAUUGGCACAGCUCCGGCCAUUGCGGCCAUCUGGGGAGUGAACCAACAGAGGGAAGACCUUUCUCUCUGUCUCUCCCUCUCACUGUCUAUAACUCUACCUCUCAAAUAAAUAAAUAAAUCUUUAAAAAUAUAUAUGAUAGAGGAAGUAUUAUGGCAAAAGGUAACUACAUGGUUACACCCAUGCCUGUUUUAAAAGUCAGUAACUCAAUCAGCAGAAAAUCAUCUUCCCUUGUGUUCCCUUGCCAAAGAGUUUCUCUAAAUUGCCCCAAACCAUAUUUGGCACCUCUGUCAGAUUUCCCAGUGGCAGGAAGGGUUCAAGGCCCAUUCCAACUCUGGUGGAACAAACUGAUUCUCCCAGAUGUGGUUCCAGCUGAGGUAGAAUUUAGGUUUCGCUACCUAUAUUCCUAAAGGAAAAUGGACUGUUUGUACUAAUUCAAGAACUUGUCUCUGUUCUGAAGAAAUAAAACAUUCUAUCACCAUCUGAGACCAAGGCAACUUGUCUCCUGAAUUUUCUCUCUUCAGCUGAGGCAUGGAAGUUAAAAUGUUUUAAGUAAUGUGUUUUUUAUAUCACAUCGCAUUGCUUUUAUGAAGGCCCAAAGGAAAAGCUUUUUUUCCACAUCUCAGUACCAGGAAAUGCUGUGAACAUAAGCAAAAAUAAGGAGGCGAGGGGGACAGUUACUCUUAUAAACACUGUGAUUUUUAUAACAUACUGCUUCUCUCUCUCUUCUGGCUUCUGGGAAGCUCAACCAAACAGUCCCCCUCAGCCAGCUACCUAAUCCUCUAUUUAUUUAAUUCUGCCUUAUUUAUUUGAAGAUUGUCUCAAAUCAUAUUUUUUAAAAAGAUAGUGUAAGCAAAUAAACAUUUUAUUCUCUGACAUCUUACCUAGACAUUUUAGAAUGAGGCUUGUAUUUCCUGCGUAGACUUGCUUUGCCACUCCCACAAAAACCUCCAUAACUUACUGGUGAUAUUGUUACAAACUCAACCCAGUUCACUCAUUGGGAAUGAAAUCUUUUGUUUUGUUUUGUUUUGUUUUGUUUUGUUUUGUUUUGUAAGAGGAAAGCUUCACACAUACGCAGGAGUAGCUCAGGAUAGCCUGCCAUUGUGGAAUGAGCAUUAGAGCAGAAGCCAAAAGAGACAAGUGUUAGUCCUGUCGUUGGUUACCCCUGCCUGAGUGCUGGUUGACAGAUGCAAGCUGCCCUCUGGACUUUGUCUGAAGAGAAGGUGAGCUUGACUGCCAGGACCACUCAGGAUCUGACGUCUCAUGAGUCUGUGGGGUGUGACGACGAUGAGGAAGAGGUCGCAGGUCCAGGCUCCCAGCUUGCGUGCCGCAUCCAGGUAUUCUGAAUGUCUUCCCUGCUUUAGGAAGGGGACACUGUGAUAGUGCAGGCAGCUAGGAGCUUGCUCAGUAAGGAAUAGGACAAGACAGCAGGCAGCCCCCAGGCACCUGGGUCGCCAGAGGCAGGUAGCUGAAGGGAAGAGAGUCUGUUUUGUGAGGUCUGGCUCCACCUGACAGGCAGCCAUGGGUGAGCCUUCCCAAGUGGAAGGAGCGAGUAGCUUGUAACCGUAAAGCUUUGCUUCUCUCUGAUGAAUGCUUCCCAAGACCAAGUAUAAGUGUCUGUCUGUUCAUUGUUUUGUAUUAAUGGUCACUUAGAUGUCCUGAAGACUUGUAUGUGAAAUAAAUGUCUAAAAUAACUGGC